AUGGCUCCUCCUGCUUCCGUCUUUCUUCCCAUCCUCGCGGCUCUCGCGGCGGCCAAGUCUCUCAAUGAGUACGUGCCUGCCUGUGGUGCGCCUUGCUUGAGCAACACCAUCAGUGCCUCAACUACCUGUGCCGCCGACGACAAUGCUUGCCUCUGCGAGAUGAAGUACACCCUCAAGCGCAACAGCCAGGCCUGUCUCCAGGACAAUUGCGACGAUGCUCAAUAUGGCCAGGUCAUGACCGGCAUCGACUCGUUCUGCCGUGAUGCCGGCGCCGGCACUCCGCCUUCCAGCCCGGCACCAACUGUCGAGCCGCCUGCUCCUACAGGGUACCCGACUGCAGAGCCUCCCGUCGAGACCACCAUCUCAGACCCUUCGUACUCUCCGUCCGUCGAGCCUCCCGUCUACCCUACCGAGGUGCCCACCGACAGUGUCAGCUCGUCCGAGACGACCAGCAUCGACACCCCCACCGUGACUUACGGCACCGACUCGACAAGCAUCGACACACCCACGUUGACCUAUGGUACCGAGUCGCCCUCUGUCACUCUUCUGCCUCCGGUCACUGUCACGCCAACCACAGCGAUCUCCGUUGGUACCACCAGCCAGUCCACACUUACAAGUGCAAGCCAGUCGCAACCGCCCUCGACCACGCCAAGCCAGAGCCCAAUUGCUGCUGGCGUACAGCAGCGUGCUGGCUACGCUGCUGUGGCUGGCGGGCUUCUGGUCGCUGCCUUCUUUGGCUUCUAG